GGCCUCUCGCGUGCGGGCCCCGCGCGCCGCCGCCCAAUCGCCGGCCGCCUCGCGCUCGGGCCGGGUCUGCCUGGACGCCGGGCACCGGGAGCCGCGCCACCCGCCGCCAUGCGAUUCCGGUUCGGGGUGGUGGUGCCGCCCGUGGUGGCGGGCGCCGCACCCGAGCUGCUGAUCGCGGGGUCGCGGCCGGAGCUGGGGCGCUGGGAGCCGCGCGGGGCGGUGCGCAUGAGGCCGGCGGGCGCGGCGGCGGGCGCGGGGGCGCAGGCGCUGCAGGAGCCGGGCCUGUGGCUCGGGGAGGUGGAGCUGGCGCCGGAGGAGGCGGCCCAAGACGGGGCGGAGCCGGGCCGCGUGGACCGGUUCUGGUACAAGUUCCUGAAGAGGGAGCCCGGAGGAGAGCUCUCCUGGGAAGGCAAUGGGCCACACCACGACCGUUGCUGUACUUAUGAUGAAAACAACAUCGUGGAUGGUGUUUAUCAUCUUCCAAUUGGACACUGGAUUGAGGCCACCGGGCACACCAAUGAGAUGAAGCACACAACAGACUUCUAUUUUAAUAUUGCAGGCCACCAAGCCAUGCAUUAUUCAAGAAUUCUACCAAAUAUCUGGCUGGGUAGCUGCCCUCGCCAAGUGGAACACGUAACCAUCAAACUGAAGCAUGAAUUGGGGAUUACAGCUGUAAUGAAUUUCCAGACUGAAUGGGAUAUUGUACAGAAUUCCUCAGGUUGUAAUCGCUACCCAGAACCCAUGACUCCAGAUACUAUGAUUAAGCUAUACAAGGAAGAAGGCUUGGUCUACAUCUGGAUGCCAACUCCAGAUAUGAGCACUGAAGGCCGGGUACAGAUGCUGCCCCAGGCGGUCUGUCUCCUGCACGCGCUGCUGGAGAAUGGGCACACCGUGUACGCUCACUGCAACGCGGGGGUCGGCCGGUCCACGGCGGCCGUGUGCGGCUGGCUCCACUACGUGUUGGGCUGGAAGCUGAGGAAGGUGCAGUACUUCCUCGUGGCCAAAAGGCCAGCGGUCUACAUUGAUGAAGACGCAUUGGCCCGGGCACAAGAAGAUUUUUUUCAGAAAUUUGGGAAGGUGCGUUCUUCCAUAUGCAGUGUGUAGGUGGCCCAUCUCCUGCCCCCCCCCCCUCCCGAUUUCCUUUGGAAGCUGGGGUGACAGUAGUACAGUGACCAAGGAACAAAGAUUCCACCUGAAGAGACAGAUCGCUGGCUUCUCCUCCAACCCGCCUCCUUUAGUCUGGGGCUGACUUUCUGUUACACUUUGGUUGAGCUGUAUCGCCUUUGAAAUAUUUUACAAAGGAAGCUAUGACUGACACAUGAGAAAAGCUACAAGCGGCUGGGCUGUGCAGUGUUGUUCUAGCGUCAGAUAGAAAGGGAAGGCGUGCAGUUCCUGCUGCCGGCAAGCGGACCAGCCCUUUGCCUGAUAGACACUGCAUCUGUUGUAUUAUGAAGUUGUGACACUUGCUGCCUUGUAAUGUGGCAUUCAGAAGAAAGAUAGGAUGUUAUGUAGAUUUCAUCACUUGUAUGUGUGUGUGUACACACACACGCACGCACACACACACUUUCAUACUGAGAUUAUAAAAUGAGAGCUGGUGAAUUGCCAAAGAAGGAUAUAAGGGUAGAAGCCUGGAUUGUGACAAAGUAAGAGCUCAGUGUGACCAAAAUUGAUGGCUUUCUAGACAUUGUUUUGCAUCCUGCUUCAAAGUCUGUUCUGUUCCAGGGCAUCACCUUCCUUAUCUACCCACAACCCUGGGUAAUACUCAGAGUAGAGUUAUAAUGUCUCUAUUUGAUCGAGGCUCAAUGAACAUAGAUAGCUUGCCCAAGGUUUUCUGGCUAUUCAGGGAUGAACUGGAGGGUAUUUGACUCAGUGCUUUUUCAACACAACUUGUUUUGCCAGCAAACUGUAGUGAAUUCAGCUUCUCUGUCUCAGAGUAAGGUUGAUUUUCUGCAGCAGUUUCUACCGUGAGAAAUGGAACAGCAUUCUGAUCAGUUGCCAAAGAAUUUAGGAGAGUACUUAUAUUUUGAACAACCUAUUUUAAAACAUGGUGGGCUGUCUCAAGGCCAAAGUGGCCUGAGCUGUAGCUCACAAGAGGAACUAUACUGGGUGGGGCAAACCUAGUACAUGAAACAGUUUAUUCUUAUAUUAUUAUUUAUUUAUUAUUGUAUUAUUUUCCAUAUGAACAACUGUAAGCCUACUUUUGCCCCACCCUGUAUAAUCAGAAAAGCCCAAAGAGCCCAAAUCCAUAUAUCAUUGUCCCCCAGCUUGGGAACGAUCCUGGUCCACACUCAGUUGAAAACAGUACGCAGUUACUGCACCUCCAGAAUUUGCACUCACUACCUUACCCUAGACCAGGGGUGGGCAAACUUUUUGACUCGAGGGCCACAAUGGGUUCUUAAACUGGACCGGAGGGCUGGAACAAAAGCAUGGAUGGAGUGUUUGUGUGAACUAAUAUAAAUUCAAAGUAAACAUCAUUACAUAAAAGGGUACGGUCUUUUUUUUCAAUAGUUUUAUUCAUUUCAAACGGGCCGG